AUGAUCCCUUUUUGUUGUUCAGAGUCUGAAGGUCCUUCGCUUCCACCAAACAUGUCCUUUCCAAUUAUUCCAAAGGAAACGGAAGCCGGAUCGCGCCUCGAUGAAGGACGAAUAGACAAUAUGGGAUGGAGCCAAAAGGGCGUCGUUAAGAUUCCAGGAUACUAUCCUAAAGGUCAGCUAUCCCUCAAACCGGAGGACGCAGAGCUAUUGCCUCCCCAAGAGGUUUCGCUCGACCGACACUUCCAGCGCGAACUCCAGCGCUGGAGGCAGACCGUUAAGAUGAGUUACCUUAAAGGAGAAGCAGGAGAAGAAACGCCUCCAAUAAGAAGACAAGAGAUCUGCUCCAGAGGUUCCGAGAACGGUACCAUUCCGACAUCCGGGUAG